AUGGAUUCUCGUGAAUUAAACGAACAAUCGUUUGUUCGUGCCUGUAUUGACAACGAUAUUGAAACUGCACGAUUAUUAAUUCGUCGUGUCGAUAUUAAUCGAAAAGAUAAAAGUGAUGUACAACGAACACAUUUACAUGAUGCUUGUCUAAGAAAUUCUCUCGAAUUUGUCAAAUUUUUGUGUCAACAUGGAGCUAAUGAAUUUUUAGCCGAUCAGAAAGGACGAACGGCGUUACACUACGCGUCAAGUAUGGGUAGUACAGAUAUCGUCGAAUAUUUAAUCAAAAGAAACACUCAUAAAAUGUCAAUUAAACGAAGUCAACUGAAAUUCACUAGUCAACAACGAACAACAGUAUCAAGAAGUGGAAAAACUUAUCAAUUACAAGUUGGUGGUGAUCGUGUUUUAGCUCAAACACGUUAUGGAGAAAGUCAUGUCAUUUCUUAUCCAUUUUCAUUCAACGAACGGGAUUAUGAAGAAGACUCAAUUAUCGAAGUUGAAACAAAUGAUUACGUUAAUUGCGUGGAUAAAGAAAAUCGCACACCACUGCAUUAUGCUUGUGGCGAAGAUAUUGGAUGGUGUUGUCUACAUUAUAGUUGUGCAAAAGGCUAUUCUUCUAUUGUCAGUUUACUCUUAUCACAGCCAUCGUGCAAAAUUGAUGUUGUUAAUGAUGCUCAGAAUACUCCGUUGUAUUAUGCGAUUCGGUCAUGUAAUGAAGAUAUCGUUAAACAAUUGCUCAAUUUCGAUUCAAAAAUAGAAUUAACUGAAAAAGAUUGGCAUGAUCUAAAUUGGUUAUGUAAAUAUUGGCCUGUAUCGAUACAACAAAAUUUAUUAUUACGCUUCGAUUAUUAUUUAGACUGUAUUCUAUGUUACGUUCGUUUGAGAACUAAAAUAACAUCUCAGAAUACAAUUCGAAGUCUAUUAGAAAAUUUACUUAUUCCAUCAACAUUGGUCACUAUUCAGGCUCAAAAUUCAACAUCAGAAAAACAACGUGAAUUAAAUGAAGGUAAAUUAUUUAAAUUACUUUCCAUUGUUUUACGAAGUGAACAUAUCCCGGGCAGUCGUCUAUGGGCGAGUUACAUUUUACAACUUUUGACAUCAAAACCUCAAGUAUUCCUUCAACAUGAAAAUAAAUUUCAAGAAUUACUGUUAAAACAUGCAAUUAAUCCGUUAUCUUUGAAAGAAAUUAUGAGAAUUAAAAUCAGACAAAACUUAAGAGUUUUUGAUAGUAAUACAUUAGACAAAGUAAAUAUACAAUCAAAUAUGCUCAAACGAUACAUUACAUUUGAAUAG